AUGGUGAACGUGAAAAACGAUUGCCAAACACAUUUGUUGGGUGAGCAUCUUGGUUCCGCUUACAAACUGCUACAGUUUCACGCACACUGGGGUCCGAAUCAAGCGUAUGGCUCUGAGCAUAAAAUCGAUGGAAAACCGACAAGCGCUGAGGUACAUUUCGUAUUCUGGAACACUCGUUAUGAAACAGUCGAUCAAGCAGUUGAAAAAGGCGAUGGUCUGGCGGUGAUCGGUGUACUCUUAAAG